GGAAGGGAAACUACUGGACCUUGGAUCCCAACUGUGAGAAGAUGUUUGACAAUGGGAACUUCCGGCGCAAACGCAAGCGGCGCUCUGAGCCCAACGCCCCCGCGACUGCAUCUGCGGCCUCCUCUCUGGGGGGCCUGAAGGCCGAGGAAGAGCGACCCAUCCCAGCCACAGGCAAACCAUGUGGAAACAGCCCACCCCCAGAGCUGGACCCCUCGCCUUCUGCCAGGGACCAUCCGAAAAGCUCUUCUCCCUCCAGUAUCAUUUCAUCCACCCCUAGCUGCCUCAGCACCUUUUUCAGCGGCAUGAGCUCCCUGAGUGGGGGAGGCAGCCGGCUGACAGGGGGUCUCGGCAGUGACCUGCAUCACAGGAACUUCUCUGCUGGACAGCUGAGCAGUGGCACUUUCACCCCUUCCAGCAGCUCUUCUCAGGAGAUGCCUUCGCCAGACCAGCUGCAGCGGGUUGCGGGACCUUCACCUGCCUACUACAGCUCCUUCCAUCCCAGCAGCAGCAGCCAGGGAGCCCAGUACAACCACUACUACAACUUCACGGUUAACAGCCUCAUCUACACGCGGGAUGGAACGGAGGUGUAGGAUGCUGCGGCAGCCAGGCAGCGAGCGCUGCAAAGGGAAUGGGAGUUGCAGGUGUAUUUGGUAGCACAGAGGACCAUAUGCUUUUGCAAACAGCAUUUCAGUGUGGACGCUUCCCAGGAGUUCUUCCAGCAAGACAGAUCUUCUCACCUUUCAAAAUAAGAACACCCCUUAAACACCAGCAGAAGGCAGAUGAAAAUCUUUCUCCCUGAGCUUAGUACCAAAGAUAACUCUAGCCAUGCAGCUUUAGCACGAGAAUAAACACUGGGGUAUUUUUAUACAUAUUUGUACGUAAUGUAACUCUUCUGUACAUAUGUUUCUAUGUGGUUUUAUAUUUGUAAAUUAUGCUCUGGAGCUGUACUUAUUUAUAAUGUGUUUUACACUUUGUUAAAGUUUAUUUUACUUUGUUUCCCUUUCUUUUUUGUUGUUUUAUUUGUUUUGAAUUUUUGGUUGGUUUUGUUUUUGUUCGUUAGUGUAUUAAUGAAACUUUUCAGGCUGAACAGCUGUUGGGAAUAAAAUGUUAA